GGAGCAAUUAGGAGUCUCCAGUUACUGACGGCUGGGGUAGACAGGAGUCACGGUCCGCGGUAGUGUGCAGCAGAGGGAAUUCAUCAGCACUGACACGUUUAAUUGUGGUUCAGCUUUGGUUGGUUAAAUCCUGUGAUGCAGCUGAAAAACAACAACCCAGUAGCGAUGGAGAAACGCACGGAUCUGGCCUCGCUCUUCUGCAUGAUCGGACAUCACGGUCCCGCCGUGGCUGUAGCGGUGAUUGCCAUGGUAUCCGUGGUGGCAGGUUUGAUCAUUUAUCGGACCGUAAAGGGGAAACGGAGGAAGGCCGAGGCUGGACCGGGAGACCCUGGCAGCUGCAGCCCCGGAGCGGUGAGGGACACGUCGCUGCUGCAGCCAGAGAAAGAGCCGAGUACCGGGGAUGAGGCGCAUGAGCUGGUGGAAUCAACAGAUUUCUGUGAAGAGGACUUGAUCACCAAGGACCCAGAUGUAAAUCUAAAUAUGGCUAAUCUGAGGAAUCGUCGUGUUGCAGCAGAGAACAAUCUUCAGUCUGGUUUACCUGAAAGAGAAGUGAAACCAGAUAAACUGUCCAGUGCUUCACGUGUGGAGGAGAAACCCACUGUUCCUCUAGAAAAUGAAGCCACUAAGAGUUUGCAAGAUGACACCUGUAAAGUAAAGGACUGUAAUAUGGAGUCCGCUACAGAGGAUAAGUUAAAGGAGAUGCCUUGUCAGGGAGAAGAAAAUCAAUAUGCUGAGAACAACCCAGUAUGCUGUGAAGAAAAUGCUAGGAAUCUGAAUGAAGGGGAUGAAAAAGGAAACAAAGCCAUCUCAGAAUCCAUCAGCACAGAUGAUUACCUUAAGGAACAAACGAUUGACAUGCAUGAGUCUCCUCUGCCUACCAACAAUGAUAAUAUACCAGUUACUGACAUCCUUAUUAAUUCACAGCCUGCAAACAACUUGUCUGAGAACAUGGAACAGCAUAAAAGUCUAACAAUGCCCCUCCCUACUGAUGCAGAUGCUGAACAGGUUCCUAUAAUAGAAGUGGCUGAAAACAAUCUUCCCCAGCUUGGAGAGUUAUCAGGUAAUGAUACUUUGCUGAUUAGCGAAAAACGGCUUGAACAGGACUUGUCCAACUGCAGUAAGGAGAACAUUACAGAUGUCAAGCAGUUUUCUUGUAGUGAAACAAAGGAAACCUCAUCUCUGGUGCUCGGUACUAAUCUACCAUAUUUGUCAGUUGAGCCUGAAAUUCCUCAGGAUGGAGAUCAGACCCUGCCCCUAGAUGAUCAACAACCAGUAGAUAAAACUAAAGAUGAAGUUAAUCCCGAGUUGGCUGCUACAAACAAUUCCAACCUUACUCUUGCUAGCAUGAGUCCUCAAAGGGAAUGUGAAAUGGUGAAUGAAAUUCUGAUUAUUAAAGAAAAUGCUGAAGCUCAGUCUUUGGCCAAUGGACAGCCUGAUGCAGUUGAGGUCAGUACUGCUGAAUCUGUCUCUACAGAAAUGUCUUGUCCUGAUUCAUCCUUUAAAGAAGAAACUGAACAACUGAGAAACGAAGAUCUUGAGGUUCCCACUACUCCCACCACAGUCAUGGCUGAGAGCAUAGAACCCCAAACUGGUAAAAAUCAGCUGUUGGACGAAGAGCAAAUGAAGUUAAGUUUGUCCUCUCCUGAUGAUGGAGAUGAGAGUGGGGUUUCAAGCAUGACAAUCAGCCCUGACUUGCCUGAUAACGAGUGUCCCUUGACCUCUGAGAGCUUGCAGCUGGAUAUAGGUGAUCGUUCACAGUCCGAAGGCCAGGCAGCACAUGUGGUACCUGACUGUUCGAAUGAUUUACAGACAGGCAUCUAUUGCACAGAAGCCAAUGAUGACCCUUGUACAAUCAAUGAGUGUCAUGAGAUGGAAAGUCUCAAAAGUGAAGUAAACAAACUCUCCAUAGAUAUACCCACUGUCUGUGUAAGUGAAGAUCUGGAAAAGAUGAAAGCAAAGAUUGUUAUAGAAGGUAAACAGGAUGGAGAGGAAGAGGAAAAAACUACUGAAAUUAAUAUUAUGGAGGCCACUAUGGACAACAAUGAGUGGAUUACAGAUGGUACUGAUCAAGUCCUACCCUGGAUGAAGCCUUCUGUUCCCCAAACAGAUCCCGAGUCUGUAGAAAACAUCCUAAGCUUUUCUUCAGAUGCUGCUGGUACAAAUACUACUGUACCCCUUGUCAGUGAGGCAAAAGAAUCCAACACAUUUUCCCCAACUGACAAACUCGUAGAAUCUGGCAAAAGGGUCCUGACGGUCCACCCCAUGCCCCAAAAUGUCAACGUGACCUUCCAGACCCAUUAUGUCACGUGCACUCCAUUCCAGAAGGUGGCUGUGACAGGAAACAAUCAAGAGCUAGGUAACUGGAAGGAUUUUAUUCCCCUGGAAAAGGCCAAAGAUGGGCUUUGGGCCACUGUGGUCAGCUUGCCUGCAGAGAGUCAUGUGGAGUGGAAGUUUAUAGUAGUGGACAGGGGAGAAGUGUGUCGCUGGGAGGAGUGUGGUAAUCGGCUCUUGGAUACAGGCAACAGAGAGAACCUGCUUGUUCAAAAAUUCUGGGGUUUCAAGUAAAGCAUUCAGGCAAUGACUAAAGGAAUAAACAGACUAGAAGAAACUUCUGGAUUAGAACAGGUAAAUUAAUUUCAUCCACUGUCUUUUAAUUCAUUGGGCCAGAUCUGGUUGAAACAUUAUCCCUAGAUUGCUUGUAAGAAUUAUUUCAGGUUAACUAGGUGGAUUUCUAGGGCCAUGUCAUUUAUGCACACAAGUUUGGAGGUUUUCGAAUAAUUAGAAUUUUAUGAAACCACAUUAGUUCCACUAUUGGGAAAAUUAUAGAUGUGACCAAGUUAACAUUGUUUGACACUUAAGUAAUUUUUUUUCUAGCGCAACACUGUUUCUUAUACACAGAUCGACCAUAUUUAGCCCAUAGGUGUUAAGACAAACUUCUCUAAACACCCGUCUCAAAUGACUUGUUUUAAAAUCAUGUACAAUAACAGUUUUUGUCUGAAACAAAAGGUAUUUAAAAGUAUUUUUGGAUCUGACAAUAUCUACAAUUAUGCAAACUGUACUUUAACAUAUCUUGCAAGUGUCUAGCUUCAGUAUGCUUUCUACAUGCUGCUUGAAUACUUUCUAUAAAAUUAUGCACAUAGUUCACUUUCACUACAGCAAUAAUUAAAGCAAUACUUGUUUUGCUGUUACAGGUGUUAUAUCAGGUAUGUUAUCCACUGAACUGUAGAGUUGCAACUGCUUUUAUGUGAUGGGAUCAUGUGCAUGCAUAGCGAUCCCAAUGUUCUAUAGGUGUGCCUUUUAAAAGUUGUAUAAA